AUGAAGCGGGACCGGCUCGGCCGCUUCCUGUCGCCGGGGACGGCGGGGCCGCGCAGGGGCUCGGGCGGCUGCGGCGGCGGCGGCCGGACCCGGGGCCGCCCCUCCCGCGGGAGGCCGAGCGUGGACGAGGCGUCGCUGGCGGCUUCCCGGCUGGGCUGGGGGCCGGCGCGGGCCUGUGGGGACGCGGGCGAGGACGGCGCGGACGAGGCAGGAACAGGCCGGGCUCUUGCCAUGGGGCACUGCCGCCUCUGCCAUGGGAAGUUCUCUUCACGGAGCCUCCGCAGCAUCUCUGCCCGGGCACCUGGGCAGAUCUCUGAGAGACCACCCCCAGGGGAGCGGGUUUUCGUCAGGGACUUCCAGCGUCUGCUGGGGGUGGCCAUCCACCAGGACCCAGCUUUGUCUCAGUUUGUCUGCAAGAACUGCCAUGCCCAGUUCUACCAAUGCCACGGCCUCCUCAAGUCCUUUCUGCAGAGAGUCAACGUGUCCCCAAUGGGCCCCCGGAAGCCCUGCACACAGGUGGGUGCCCAACCCCCAACAGAGGCCGAAGAGGGAGCGUGUCUAGUGGACCUGAUCACGUCAAGCCCGGAAGGUCUGCGUGGCCUGGUGGGGUGGGUGCAUGGACACGCGGCCAGCUGUGGGGCCCUGCCCAGCCUCCAGAGGACGCUGUCCUCCGAGUACUGCGGUAUCAUCCAGGCCGUGUGGGGCUGCGACCAAGGCCAUGACUACACCAUGGACGCCGACCCCAGCUGCGGGUCUCUCCUGCUGGACAGCGCUUUGGCAGUCAAGUGGACAUGGGACAAGGAGACGGCCCCACGGCUUACCCAGCAUCAGAGGUCCAACCCCACUGGGGCUGCCCCUCCAUGCUCCCAGGGCGGAGCGACCACAGCCUGGACGGAGACGGAGACGCUGCCCAACACGGACGGGAUCCAGCCCCCUUCAGAUGGCAGCCCCGGGGGGCUUGGGCCGAGCCCCCAGCCUCAGUCUAGCCUGCCCCCAAGUGGGGCUCCAGGGCAGUUGGGUGAGAAGCAGUUUCCGUCUUCAUCCUCGGAUGAUCGGGUAAAAGACGAGUUCAGUGACCUUUCUGAGGGGGACUUCCUGAGUGAAGACGACAAUGACAAGAAGCAAAACACCCAGUCCUCAGAUGAGUCCUUUGAGCCUUACCCGGAAAAGAAAGUCUCUGGUAAAAAGAAUGGAAGCAAAGAGGCCAAGAAGCCUGAAGAACCAAAAAUCCGGAAGAAGCCUGGACCGAAGCCGGGCUGGAAGAACAAGCUCCGCUGUGAAAGGGAGGAGCUGCCCACCAUCUACAAGUGCCCAUAUCAAGGCUGCACAGCUGUGUACCGGGGGGCUGAUGGCAUGAAGAAACACAUAAAGGAGCAUCAUGAAGAAGUACGCGAGAGGCCCUGUCCCCACCCUGGCUGCAACAAGGUGUUCAUGAUUGACCGCUACCUACAGCGGCAUGUGAAGCUCAUCCACACAGAGGUGCGGAACUACAUCUGUGAUGAGUGUGGACAGACCUUCAAGCAACGGAAACACCUCCUCGUCCACCAGAUGCGGCAUUCGGGAGCCAAGCCUCUGCAGUGUGAAGUCUGUGGGUUCCAGUGCCGGCAACGGGCAUCUCUCAAGUACCACAUGACCAAACACAAGGCUGAGACUGAGCUGGACUUUGCCUGUGACCAGUGUGGCCGGCGGUUCGAGAAGGCUCACAAUCUUAACGUGCAUAUGUCCAUGGUCCACCCUCUGACACAGACCCAAGACAAGGCCCUGCCCCUGGAGCCACCACCCAGGACCACAGAGGGUCAGGCUGUGAAGCCUGAGCCCACCUGA